CUAAAUGAACAUUCGUGUAUGUUAAUCCCAAUCCCCCAUCAGCUUCGUUCCCCUGUUCCAAGCUCCUCUGUGGAAUAAGGCAUAAUUCUGCAGAAUCUCUCUUUUUGUUCUUUUUCUGUAAAUUUCUCCAUCUUACUCAGCUUUGUACAUAUAUAUACCGCAAUUUACAUCUGAAAAAUUAGUUAGUAUAGUACUUCUCUCUCUUCUUUUUCCCCCUUUUCAAAUCCUAUCUUUAGGCUAUGUCUACAGUUGUCGAGCUUGAGAUUGAGGAUCAUCAACUCGUGAAAAAUAUUCAAGAUUUAUCUAUUCAAGAACAGACUAAAAUGAAGAGCAAUUCUGAGGAAAGGCGCCAAGUGGAUUGUGUGAACAACCAUCAUGGUGUCUGUGCCAUAUGUUUGAAUAAGAUAGUGCUUCAAGAAACUGCUCUUGUAAAAGGUUGCGAGCAUGCCUACUGUGUGACAUGCAUCCUUCAAUGGGCAACCUACAAGAAGGAACCAACAUGCCCUCAGUGUAAACAUCCAUUUGAGUUUCUCCACAUCCAUCGCUCACUUGAUGGAAGUAUCCAGGACUACAUGUUCGAGGAGAGUGUCUGCCUUCUCCUGAGAGCAUCAUGGUUCAAACCCUUGAUUGUGGAGGAAAAACAAGAAGUCGAUGAUGACAUGGAUUACCACUAUGCAUAUGAGGAUGACGAAGAACUAGAAGACUUCCAUUUUACUAGUUCACCAAGGCUCCACAUAGGCAACAGGAGAUGGGGCGAUAAUGGUUAUGUCAGGGCAGGAAGGCAAGAAGCAAGACCCGCUCAUCGACCAAACUCCCAGGACUCAGGUGCUGGCUCGUCACGCCAGACUAAGAAGAAAGAGACUGCUGUUCCUAAAGAAACUGUUGGUCGGCGUGCAAAGAGGGCACUCAAGCGUGAAGCUGCUGAUAAGGCUGCUGCUGAAAAGCACCAGCAACAUUUGUUGAGGCUGGGUCGGAUAUGAGUUUGCCUCCCUCUCUAACCUUAAAGAUCAUGACAUAAUGAAUCAUCACUGUACAGUAUCUAGUUCCUUUUGUUUGUAGAAUAAUGCCCACAGUUUAGAUUCUGCAUUUACAAAAUGGCAUGAACCAUUUCAUGCCUGUUAUAUCUCUCAGAGAAAUUUAUGACAAUGGGGCUUAUUUCCUCCAUUAUAUGUACAUUGUUAUUUAAAUUUUAACUCCUUCACAUAAGGUGAUUGUUUUCGUUU